AUGCCAGAAGUGGAGGAUGAUGAAAAUAUUGUGUUAAAGGAAAAAGGAACUUAUAGUUCACAUGAUGGUCAUAGAGAAAAGAAGGACAACCCACCCGCCACUCCAAUUCAGGAUCUUAAUUCCCCCCUUGAUAAGAGGUUAAUCAGUCCUCAGAAAAGUGCACAAUUUGGAGACAUUUUAGAGGUUUUUAAGCAAGUGCAAAUAAACAUUCCAUUUCUUGAUGCAAUUCAGCAAGUUCCUGCUUAUGCCAAAUUUCUAAAAGAUCUUGUGACAAUAAAGAGAAAGACAAAUGUCCCUAAAAAGGCAUUUUUGACAGAGCAAGUUAGUUCAAUCAUUCAGAAUAAAUAUCUAGUGAAAUGUAAAAACCCUGGAUCUCCUACAAUUUCAUGUAGGAUUGGGGAUCAUCUCAUUGAGCGAGCUUUGCUAGAUUUGGGGGCAAGUGUGAACCUAAUGCCAUAUUCAGUAUACUUACAGCUAGGUUUGGGGGAGUUGAAACCCACAACUAUGACACUUCAAUUAGCUGAUAGGUCUGUGAAAAUCCCUAGAGGUAUUGUUGAGGAUGUGCUGAUUAAGGUGGAUGCGUUCUAUUUUCCUGUUGAUUUUGUUGUGUUAGACACUGAGCCUGCUCUAAAUGCUAGUACACAAAUCCAUGUCAUUUUGGGUCGCCCUUUCUUAGCCACAUCCAAUGCUUUGAUCAAUUGUCGAAGUGGUGUGAUGAAGAUUUCUUUUGGGAAUAUGACUGUUGAGCUUAAUAUUUUUGACAUAAGUAAGCAAGUACUAGACAAUGAGGAUAUAUGUGAGGUUAACAUGAUUGGGAGCCUAGUCCAUGAUACUUUCCUACAAUCAAGUUGUGAGGAUCCCCCAAACACUUGCUUAACCCGUUUUGAUUGCAAUUUGGAUACUGAAAAAUCAAUUGAGGAGGUCAAUGCAUUGUUGGAUUCUGUUUCUCUCUUAAGUAUUGAUAGCUGGCAGCCAAAAGUGGUCCGUUUCCCACUUUCUUCAUCCCCAUUCCCAUCUAUUGUAGAACCACUAAAGUUGGAUGACUUUUGGGAACACCAAUUGAUAAGUAUACUUCAAGAGCAUAAGGAAGCUAUAGGUUGGAGAAUUGCUGAUAUUAAGGGUAUUAGUGCUUCUGUGGUUAUGCAAAGAAUUCAAUUGGAAGACACUACAAAAGCUUCUCAACCUGUUUUUGACCCAGGAGUAGUAACAGAAGACUUGAAAGCAAGAGAUGAAGCAAUAGCAGAAUCAGUAGAUAGUUGUGAAGGAAAUGGAAUAGGAUACACACCAUCUUUACUCAGGCCUUGA